GAAAAGUAAGACCUCAAGUUAAUUACCAAUUAUCAUGGGGUUCGGUGUCCUGGGCCUCUCGGGAAGUUGGAAAAAUCUCUUUUAGCUCAACCAACUACGUAUCUAACCAUUUUUCCUUAAUUGCCUCAAAGCCUUCGUUGUCCUUCAUGUGAAUUUUAAGCGAGUCAUGUAUGGUUCCAAACCCCUUGCAUGACCUAUGGAGGUAACCCCCACUGACCUUAUUACUUAAGUUUUGAAUUUUUUCCCCCUUAAAAAUACCAAACGUAUAUUAUACAAGUAUACAACCUUCGUUUUUGGAAUAUUCAUGGCUUUUUCAGAGGAAAAUUGGAGGUUAGAUGCUUCCAGUGGGGCCUCUUGGGUGGUUGGAAGUACGAAGCAUCUACUACGAACUAUACUUCGGCUCUUAAUUAUCUAUCCAACUGGCUUUCACAACGCCUCUUCUCAUUUCCACAUGUCCGUCUUGGUUCAUUAUGUGAUCGACUGGUGGUCAUAUAUCAUUCCAUUACCUUUCAUGACCCGGAGAUGCAUCCCCCACCACCGGUCUACCACUUUAGUUUCGGCAUCGGGUCUUGAAAAUCUCUUGAAAUGGUCCAAAAUCGUACACUACACACAGUGAUACAACCUUGUUAUUUUAUUUGGGAGAAUUUUUCAUACCCGGAAAGGUUAGACGUCGAGGUGUUUUCCUUGGGCACCUGGGAGGCCUCUUCGGUGGUCAUAACCAUAGAUUCCGGAUUUUAUACAUCCAUCCAACAUAUGGAACCAGAAGGUGCCUCUUGGUACCAUAGAUGCCUUGUCCCUUGGCCAUACCAUGCCAUGGCCAAUGUGAAACCCGAAACAUUGAAACUACACCCUCUUUCCGGUUCUGUGCUUCAUAAACAUAAUAGUGUUCUCCUUUAUGGUUCUUUUCAUAUGUGAUUUUUACUCCUCUUUUUAAAUGUAGCUUUAUCAGUCUAGUAAUUUUAAUAUGGUUGAUCCCUACUAUGAUUUUCCUCCGAAAGAAAAGUAGUGCUUUCUCGUUUUAGUGGCUUGAUUGUAAAAUUGUUCAAUGUCUAUACCAAUGUCUCCAAACUUGCUUCAAAUGCGCUCAAGGUAGAGGGAGCAAUUGCAACUUAUUUCUCUACCUUGAUGAUAAUUUCUAUCUAUGUAACCUUGCUAUAUUAUGGUUUGCUAUUUUGUAAUGGUUUCACAUACUUAAGCUACAUGCAGGUCCUCAAAUUUCCGAGUCUUUAUUUCAUUAACCCUAUAAAAAAAUUUACUAGGUGGAGGACAAUGCUUUACAUUGCAAGCAUCCCCAGGUUUCUUCUUACAGUUGGUAUGCAUUUUGCAGUGGAUAGCCCGCGCUGGCUAUGCAAAAUGGGGAGACUUGACGACGCUAAAUCUAUUGUUCGUAACCUUUGGGGUCCUUCAGAAGUUGAUGAUGCUAUAGAAGAGAUUCAGUCAGUAUUGAAUGGAAGUGAGGGAGAUAUCAACACGAACUGGUUGGAGCUCUUCGAGGAGCCAAACUAUAAAGUUGCACUUACAGGAGGUGCUCUUUUUCUGCUGCAACAAUUUGCAGGAAUAAAUGGCGUCCUGUAUUUUUCAUCUCUGACCUUUCAAGAUGUUGGGAUUACAAAUGCUGCUUUAGCAAGCUAUGUUGGUCUCACCAACUUUGCAGGGGAUCUUUCUGCGUUUUACUUGAUUGAUAAGCAAGGAAGAAGAAGACUACUCAUUGGAAGUUAUUUAGGAAUGGAUUUGUCGAUGUUUCUUACAGCAUAUGCCAUCAGCUUCUCAGAUGAAGAUGUCAGUCGCAACUUAUGAAUCCUGGGUACAUUAGGGUACAUGUACUCCUUUGCAAUUGGAGCUGGCCCAGUAACUGGCAUUAUUAUUCCAGAGCUUAGCAGCAGUAGGAUGCGAGGGAAAAUUAUGAGUUUCAGUUUCUCUGUCCAUUGAACAUGUCUAAAAAAGUAUAGAUUUGGAACAAAAAUGUUAAAAAGGAAAAGAAAAUGGUGUGGCAAGGGAAACCACUUUUAACAUCUUGUGCAAAGAGUCUAGGAAAAUAGUUACUCUUAAGUCUUAACACCAUGUGCAGUGUGGCACUAACGAGAAGUAAAAACAACUCAAUUUCAUAAGAACUCACACCCUAUACAUCUGUUAUGGAAAUCCUAUCGUUUUGCUUGAGCCGGUAUGAAUAGCUAGAGGGACUUUCUCCCUUCACUCCUAAAACUUAUAUAAGUAACCACUAACCAGACCAUGGAACAAAACAGAUGGUGAAGAAACCCAUUAAACAGGCCAUUGGUUGUGCUUCAUUUUACGUAUAAUGUAUGCCUGAACAUUUUUUCCAGUCUUUUCUACCAUUAGGGUCCUAGAGUCCUAUCCAGUCCUUACCAGAUGAUAACGGUAAUGCAUUACUUGCUAAGUGAUGAAUUGGAUUUUUAGUUGGACAAAAGAAACCGCCUCUCAUUUUAUUUUUAUUUUAGGGAAGUGUUUCUCAUCACUUUUAAUUUUUUGACUGAUUCAAAACUGUUAUUUGCACAUUUGGUGUUUUUCUCAGGUCUGCAAUUUCCUGGUGGGUCCAUUUUUCCUUGAAUUACAAAAGAUAUUUGGUGUUGCUCCUAUCUACAUGAGUUUCGGUGGAGUGUCCUUGCUAUCAGCUAUGUUUAGUUACUCCUUGAUAAUAGAAACUAAAGGGCGAUCACUUGAGGAGAUUGAGAUGUCACUUCGGUCUGAGCUCCCAGGACAUGACGACGGAUUUACACUUAGCAAAGUUUUUAUCUGAUUGCUACAUCAUCACCAAUUAGCCUUGUCAGAGAGGUCUGGGACGAGUCACCAUAAUACACUGGCUUAUGGUACCUAAAAUGUGACAAUGCAAGGAUUGUGUGAGUGUGACAGAAGUCGGUAUCUGCUGAGGCGUGAUUUACAGCUAGCCCCAUAUUAAGAUGGUGCUGAAAUGCGCUUGCUAUAGGCCCUGAUUAAAAAGGGUGAUACAGUUGCAGUUGCUAGACUUGCUAAGAUGAAACUUAUAGCAUUGGCUGACUACUUAUACUGCUAGUGAGGAAGUUGGUCUCAUAUCCACCAGAGGACAGACUACAAAAUGACCAUCUUGGUUAACAACUAGCUUGCAUAUUCGAAUUGCUUCUAAGGCUAGCAUAAUUUUCGCCGCCACCGCAGUAACAAUUUUGAGCGCAUGGAGUUUCAAAUAAUAUGCAAUAAGGGCGUACCAAGACUAAAAUUCUUUCGUUAAAGUGUAUCAUAUGUUCGUGCUAUUACGAGGAUGUUUAUUAUCUAGUUGUGCGGCUUGUGCCCAUACCCACCCCUGUUCUUUUUCUUUUUUAAUCAGUGUUGGUGUGUAUCGACAUAUUUAUACAACGAGGGGAUAUUUUUCCUGA